GAGUUCGCCAACAUACCUGGGAGUUUUUGUUUCCCACGUAUUUUUAAAUGUUUUAAACAGUGUCUGUUUUUAAAUGCCUUCAGGCCCGACUGUGUGCACACCCCUUUCCCAGCUAGAAGGGAACCAACCUCUUUACCAGCCUUUUGUCCCCCACCCAAGCUCUUGCGCCCACAAGGAUUAGCUUAUAUUUUCUUGGGUUCAGCCUUUGGUAAAUUGCUAAUUGACUCCAGUCUCUUGGGAUGCAUCAGUAGAUAAAACAAAGGGCCGUUGCCUUCAUGGUGCUUACAGUCCCAGGGAGAGAGACACAGGCGAGGAAACCUGGAAAAAGUGUUCCUGUCAUCCCACCAUCCCAUCCCAACCCCAACCAGUGUCAAGAGAGAUGUUUAUGUAGUGGUCAAAGAUGGAAGAGCUGGAAACCACACGAAAUCAACUUCUCAAUUCUAAGGAGUGAGGGGUUAAAGAUGAAGGCUUUUGGUCUUUCUCCCAAGAAUGAAAAUGCUUCUGCUUGGUAUCUGGACCCUGCUAGCCUUGAUCCCUUGUCCAGGGACCACAGAAGAGCUAUUUGAAGUGUCUGUUUGGCCAAAUCCAGCCCUGGUGAAGUUUGGACAGUCGCUAACUAUCAACUGCAGCACCACUUGCCCAGAUCCUGGGCCCAGUGGAAUUGAGACCUUCUUCAAGAAAACCCAGCUGGGCAAAGGGCCUCAGUGGAAGGAGUUUCUCCUGGAAGAUGUCACAGAGAACUCUGUCCUGCAGUGCUUCUUUUCUUGUGGAGGGGUCCAGAAGGACACAAUGCUCUACAUCACCAUGUUCCAGCCACCAGAGCAGGUGAUCCUGGACUUACAGCCCGAGUGGGUGGCCAUGGAUGAAGUUUUCACAGUGAAGUGUCACGUGCCCGGUGUGGCACCCCUGCAGAGCCUCACCCUUACCCUUCUCCAGGGUGACCAAGAACUACACAGAAAGGACUUCAUGAGUUUAUCUGUGGCAUCCCAAAGAGCUGAGGUCACUAUCAGUGUCAGAGCCCAACGGGAGAAUGACAGGUGCAACUUCUCCUGCCGUGCAGUACUGGACCUGAGCCCGCAAGGUGGGGGGUUGUUUCAUGGCAGCUCAGCCACCAAGGAACUCCGGAUCUUUGAAUUCUCUCAGAGUCCGAAGAUUGGGGUGUCUUCACUCCUGGAGGUUGGGGUGGCAGACACCAUGAACUGUGAGGUGUUUAGGGUGUUUCCUGCCCAGGAAGCUGUCUUCCGAAUGUUCCUGGAAGACCAGGAGCUGAGCCCCUUCUCCUCCUGGAAGGGAGAUGCAGCAUGGGCCAGCGCCACCAUUCGGGCCAUGGAGACUGGUGACCAGGAGCUGACCUGCCUUGUGUCUCUGGGUCCCAUGGAGCAGAAAGUCAGGAGACCAGUACAUGUCUACAGUUUCCCUCCACCAGUUCUGGAGGUAGAAGAUGCUUACCCUCUGGCAGGAACAGACGUUAAUGUAACCUGCUCAGGGCAUGUGUUAACAUCACCUAGCCCUACUAUUCGGCUUCAGGGAGCCCCAAACCUCUCUGCUCCCGGGGAGCCUGCCUGGUUUCUGUUCACUGCCAGGGAGGAAGAUGAUGGCCGGAAUCUCUCCUGUGAGGCCACUCUGGAGGUUCAGGGCCAGCGACUUCUCAAAACCACCAAGAUCCAGCUUCAUGUGUUGUACAAGCCUCGGUUUGAGGAAUCCAGCUGCCCUGGCAACCAGAUAUGGAUAGAAGGGAUGGAUCAGAUGCUUGCCUGCAUCCCCCAGGGAAACCCCACACCAGCUCUGGUGUGUAUCUGGAAUGGGAUGGUUAUCGACCUUGAUGUUCCGCAGAAGGCCACCCAGAACCAUACUGGAACCUACUGCUGCACAGCCACUAACCAGCUAGGCUCUGUCAGCAAAGAUAUUGCUGUCAUUGUCCAAGGGCUGCACGAAGGGAUCACGUCCUCCACCAUUUUCAUCAUCGUCAUUUCCACCCUGGGCAUGGCUGUGAUCACCAUAGCACUGUAUCUGAACUACCAGCCCUGCAAAAGAAACAGGAGGAAACGGGCCCCUAGGCAGAGAGAGCAGAACAAAGAUGAGGAAAGCCAGUUCACUGACAUACAGGCAGAAGAGUGCAACUCGCAUUACUGCUGACGAGAAACAGCUCUUUGCUUGAGUGAGACUUCAGCUAGCAGCGUUUACGAGGAGGAAAGAGUAGACCACGGGGGAAGAGGAGUGUAACGGGAGGCUGCAUUCUCCUGUCUUCUCCUGCCCCCUCAUCUGGAGCUUGCCUUUCUCUCUUGAGUUUAUUCCAAUUUCUAGAAAUUCAGUCUGAUUGUUCUGACCAGCGAUAGAGCCUCUAGCUCCUUACUGUGUUAACUGCCCACACGAGCACACAAAGGCCUUGCCCUGCCCCUCAUUCCCACUACCCACGCCUCAAACAGCAAACAGAAAGAUCAUCAGAAACAUCCUGGAGAGCAUGGCUCAGGGUUCCUGGUGACUAACUAGGAACUGCAUAUGUAGUUCAGGGACAAGACUCCAUAGGGGUCAGCAGCAAAUAAAUGGGCAGGGAUCAGAGCUCUGCGCCCUGUCCACAUCCCCCCACUGCCGAUGACAUCAUAAGGGUGCUGGCUGGUUAAGCUUCACCCCAGGAACUCCCUGAACUUGACACUGAGUCAGAGAAGUAGCUUAACUAGUUUAUAGCAAAACAAAAAACCUAGGGCUGACUAUGCAACACAAGAUAGCCUCAGACUUGUGAUCCUCCAGCCUCAGCCUCCUGAGUGCUGGGAUUAGAAGUAUAUACUGUCACUCCCUAACAUUUUGGGGGGGGGCUUUAAAAUAGAAGAUAGAACCCUUCCUUGAAAUUGGUCAAUAGGUCCAGGGUGUCACACUCUGAAUUCCUAUUUGUAAAAGGCUGAGUCUGACAUCUGUUCUCCAUCUCCACAAAGAAUUGCCUGUUCUCAUCUUCUGCAAACAGUCCCCUGGGAUGGAGGGACACAACUCCACCGCAGAGUGUGUGCUUAAGCACAUACAGCUGGGCCUCGGCUCUGUCACACACCCCCAGCCCUCUGUGACAGUGUUCACCACAUGCUUUAGCUGCUCAGCUUCCUCCACUGCCCUUUGGAAGGAGUGUGUCUGCCUUGGUGAAGGCUUGAGGCAUCUAGCCAGGCCUCUCCUCUAGAGCUGCCAUGAACUGUUUUCUGAGAUGUUAGCUGUGAUAAAAAUAAAAUGGAUUUUGUGAUGUC